AUGAAUUGUGACAAUCUUAUGUUGCUUGUCACCGCAACAUUCAGCAUUCUCGCCAGUCUUGACUUGGCUCUUGCGAAAGACUAUUACAAGAUUUUAGGUGUACCAAGAGAUGCUAGUGACAGACAGAUCAAGAAAGCUUUUAGAAAGCUUGCCGUGAAAUACCAUCCUGAUAAAAAUAAGCAAAAAGAUGCAGAGGCCAAAUUUCGCGAGAUAGCGGAAGGUAGGUAACACCUCUCGGAAAUUAGAAGUGUUUUCAAUUUUGUUUAAGAAUUGUCAAAUUGAAACAAACAUAAGAUUAUUCCUCUAUCAUACGAGGCCGUUACCCGUUACUUUAUCUUGAGAAAUAGUUUUUCCUCGGUAAAACCCAAGACUUCUCAUUCGUGAUAGACGUCGAUACCUCAAACCUUCCAACAUAAAUUAGAUGUGUAUAAAUAUUAGAAGAAAACAGCAUGGGACCAGUUCCUUCUGUUAAAGCUUGGUGGUCAUUUACAAGAAUUGAAUAUCUUUUCAUACAUGUACAUAUGAAUUGUGUUUGCUUUUUAUUUAAGCUCAUGUUUGUUGGACAUAAACUCGUUUCCAAUAAUUCACUGAAAGGUUUGAAUAGAUUUUCUGCGUAGAAGAUGUCUAAUUGUCAGGCCAUGAAUUGUUUUUAUUACAAGGUGCUCUUGGAUUGCAUAACAAUAUCUUUGGAAAUAAUUUUCUUUUCACUUUGGAUUUGAAAUCCAGGCUUGUGACACUUGAAUCACAAAUGUUCAACUGGAGGUGUUUUCUGCUUCAAUUUAAUAAGUCAUGUGAUUUAACGCUUUUAAUAGCAAAGUGAUGACUCAUUGAAGUGAUCAGUUUUUCCGAAGAUUACAUUACAAAUAAGUUUACAUACUUGUACAUAGCAACAGCUCACUUUACAUUACAAUAUACAAAUUUUACAUGUGUAUAGAAGUGCUGUUUCUUAAGCAAAUGCAAGUGUGAAUUAAGCCUUUUUUUUAACCAAUGACAAUAUUAAAAAGGGAAAACUGAAAAUGAACUUGCACUGACCACACGUACAUUGAUUGAUAGGCCGCCUUGGCCCUCUGCCCCUACUCUGAAUUCUUGGGAAUGUUGGAUCAAUUUUACCUUCCUGAUUCACUUUCUGGCUCACACAUAACUGAGGUGAGCUCAGAGGCACUUACUUAAGAAAUGUACAGUCACGCGGAGCGUAGGGGUUUUUGGCAAAGUGUACAAAACUAAAAUUUGCAACUGUGUAGUGCUCGUAUGUAAACUGUGCACAUUCAAGGAAAAAUUUCACUACACACAAAUGGACAUUAUUUUGGUCCUAAUUUUUCAGUUUGUUAGAAGAUUUCCCUGGCCCUUGACAAUUUUUUUUGACGUCAAAAUAAUUUAUGCUGUUUUCAAAGCACUUAUAUUUGUCACUCUAGUAAUCUUUCAAAUGAUGAAUAAUUAUUACACAUCAGAGAGCAGAGUAGUGUCUGUAAAUGCAGUUUAGUGACAGUAUACAGUAAUAGACCAGUAUGUUAAUUUGGUGAAAAAUGUUGCAACCCAGCAGUGCCCCUUUUGCUUAUAUGCUGGAGUGUACAGUGUAGUGCUUGCUUGGACAAUUUCUUCAAUAAUAAAUGGAUAUUACAGUUAGUUUAUACAGACACUUUGGUAAAUGUGUCAGUUUGUAGGGGAGAGAUAUUGAAUUUUUCAUCUGAGUUGAUUAUGUUGACUUGGCUACUGUAUAGAGACUCAGAAGCUGUUGUUCUGCCCUCAAAACAAGUCAAACAUGUGGGGUGUGUGUAGCAAAGAGGAGGAGAGCUUUAGACUUGAUUAUAGGCUACUGAUUAACUUUUGUCGGUCUAUUUGAGGGGGCAGUAUUUUAUUUGAAGAAAAAGAGUGGCUCAGCGGGUGAUUAAACACAGCUGGUCAUAUAAUAAUCCCUCUCUUUAAAGCAUAAUAAUAAUCCUUGCCAAACCUUUUACAAAACUAGCGGUAAACCUUUUACUGGACUACCUUAAAAUGCUGUCCAUUAGAUGCCUACAUGGGGAAUUUUACCCACUUGAAAGCGUGGACAAAUAAUAAUAUCAAAUGGCCAAAAUUCAAAGUUAAAAUAAAAUCUUAAAUAAAAGAAAUAUGCCAAAAAAUUACUGUUGAAAUGUGAAAGCAGUUCGUUCAAGUGAUUGGCAUGGUUACCACGUGAGUUCAACAAAAAGCUCAAACAUUAAAUUGACAAUAAUAAAAAAUUAAAAAUAAUAAAAGUUUAGACAGAGUGAUCUGAAAGUAAUGGCGUGUGUAAGAAGUUUCAGUGGUUGCAUGAUAGAAUGUUGUGCAUGGACAUAGCCUGACAUAGAGAUUUCAGGUGAUGUUAAGGAGACAAUUCGCAAUGACGAUUUUUAGUUCAACAAAGCAUUGGGACAUUGUUUCAAAUAGUUCUAACAUUGCAGCACUGCUGUGCACUAAAAAUUGUUGUUGUGAAUCAUCUGGUGUACAUCUUUAAGGUGUGUUUACCAGUCAGGGUCAAAUACCCCCCCAAGCCUGUGCUGUAGCAUAAAUUAUGCAUUGCCGGUGGUCCCCUGUGCAUAAUCUUUGCUCCUGUGACAGUGUGACUAGAAAAUCUAGAUAAUCAAUUUUUUUAGAGCAUAACCUUGUUCCAGAAAGAACUAGUAGCACUUAAUUCAACUCUAAUGACAGCACUCUUCAACUCUUUCAGCUUAUGAAGUUCUGUCAGAUGAAAAAAAGAGAAGGCAAUAUGAUCAGUUUGGAUCGGAAGGAAUGAACGAUGAUGGAUUCAAUUUCCAUUCACAAGGUUUCCGAAGCUUCGAUGACAUAUUCAAAGAUUUUGACUUUGGAAGUGGAAAUGGACAUGGAAAAGAAUGGAAGUUUUCUUUUGGUGGUGGCGGAGGUGGAUUUGAUGAUUUCUUUGAUGACGAUGAUGAAGAAGAAGAUGAUGACUUUUUCGGAGGAUUUAAAUUUGGUGGAUUUGGGGACUCAUUUUUCAGUGAUGGAAGUUUUCACACAACUAGUCAUAGAGAAGAUGUAUUUACAAAUGACGAUGGAGAAAGAAUGCACAGAAAUGUCAGACAUACAGCAUUUAGAGAAUCAAGUAAGUGUGGCUGUAAGGGUAUGUUACUUCAACCUUAUCAUGAUAAAAUUCUGGAUUAUCCUGGAAUAGCCUUGUUAAAAAGAAACAUUUUUUUCUAUUUUCAGAACAGCAAUCCAUAUUUUGUGUAGUGUGAAGUGAGUGAUGUUGGGUCUUGGGACACUAAAAUGGACUUAAGUCUUUAACUUUUGACACUAAAACACAGGCCUGGACUUAAAAGGGUCACAGAUGACACCUGAAGUCCAUCACAUAACAGAGGUGGUUCCUCCCAAGGAAAGUCUGCAAUAUUUGUGUCACCCAAGUCAUUUAGGGUUGUUGUAACUUUAUGUGUUUGAUUUUAUGCACUGUUCAUGAAAACUGCUCCUUGCUCUCAUUCUUUCUAUGGCAUUUAGAGUAAGAGAUAUUGAAACCUGCUCCUCCCAGUGACAGUCAGUGACGGUCCAUGGGUGAGAGGGAACCUGUUGAAAGUGCUCCCUAGUUUUUGAGUUUUAUAGCUGGUUACUUUACACUGAUCAUCCUCUGUUUCUUUCUUCGCAGGUGGAGGCAGAACGUGUCGGACUGUUACAAGAAAAGUGGGAAAUAUGGUCACAACAUUCACUGAAUGUACUUAGGCUUUUUGUAGUUAUAAGGGGUGAAGAGGGCAGUAACUUCCAUUUAGUCAGUGUACUUCUCAGGUUUGGUGCAAUCAAGUUCUCCCUAAGGGCAGUGUCAAAUGUCAAACUUUUCUUGGGACAAACCUAAUGUUAAUACCAAGAACAUACUAAACAAAUUAAUCGGCUAUAACUUUUGAAAUGAUGUCAAAAUGUUCAAAACUCAGUUAAACAGCAAGUAGUGCAUGUUAACAUAAUUGCUGAGACCCAUGAAUUUCCAAAUUCUGUUUUCCCCCUGAGAGUGGUUUGUCAGGCAGAAGAGAAGAGUUUGAUAGAAUCUUACAUGUACAUGUAUCUACAGUGUAGAAGGGUCAUUACGAGGAACCGGUACAUGUAGAUGGAAUAGUAUGCAAUGGACACUGCUGGCAGUUAAAUGUGACCAACUUUUAGACUUAGAUAUAUUUUUGUAAGGUGAAAAACAUGUCACAGAUCUCAACUAAGGAUGCAUUUCUUUGAAAAAUUCCAAAUUCGGUUUUUCAAUUUUUUUUUCUUUUUUGCCGAAAUCGGGAAAUGGAUUAUUGAACUAAAGAUUGCACAUUCUGACUUGCAUUUUAUAAGCAUUUAUUUAGGAUUUAUGAACCACGCAUUUUAUGUGGUUUGAGUGUGAAUGCAAAAAACUACAUUGUAAGUUUGCAAAAACUCUGCUAAGAACGCCUGUGGCAUUUCUGCUGGUACAGGAAAUUAACGUUAAGUUAUGUUAAUUUCCAGUACCUUAAUUUCAUAGAGCUUCAAUUUUCUGUAAGGUACAUUAUUGCCAUGGUAAAAAAAAUCCAUUUUUGGAUUUUCAGCUUGAUAGAUUCAACUUAGUGUAUCAGAGAAUAAUAACAUGUGAUAUUGAACUUGCCCAAGGAAAUGCACUGUGUUAUAAAAGGUGGUUAGGGAGUGUUGAUUGGAGCAUAAAUGAAUUAUUAAAA